AUGAGUAAAAAUAAACUAUCAAUUAGUUUCAAGGGAAAUGGCUUGUUUAGAGAUAAAAAAUCAAAUCAAUUUAUUUCAUACAUGUACGAGACAAAUCGAUUGAUCCCUAGAUAGAUUUAUAAUGAUGCUGCUACUAAAGCUUUACUAGCAGUAGGUAGCUCAGUGUCAACUGGAGUAGGUUCAGUUGUCUAUGGGACUUUUGCAAUUAAUAUUUUACUGAAGCAUGUUCAUUUAUUUAAUUGGAACAAUAUCUUUGAUUUUUCUUUGUAUCUUACUUAAGAUUUUAGCAAAGUAUUUUGUAUUCUUCAAUAUAAUACCGGUAGUGAUUAAUUUGCUUCUAUAUUUGCUAUUGCUUUAUUUGUAGUGAUGCUUAUAUUUCCAUUUGCAAUUUGGUUCAUUGCUUUUAUUUUCAGAAAUAAAUUAAACAAUGAAAACAUUAAAGAGAGGAUUGAUUAUGAAUCAGAUAUUGAUAAACAAUACUUCAUGGGUUGGUAAUUGAUAGCGAUAGUUGCUAUAAACAUAAUUGGAAAUAUCACUUUAAUAGUAAUUCAAUCAUUUUAUUCCCUCAAAAAUAAUUUAAAAAUUAUGAAAGAUAAGGUUAAAAUUGUGUGGUAAAAAUUAUUUUCAAAAAAUAAAACUAGAGAUAUAUUUGAGGAAAAUAAAUAUUAAGAAUCGCCGAGGAAAAAUACUUCAGAAUUUUAAUUUUUAGAAUUAGAAACCACAAAAAUCUUUUAAAAAUAAACUGGAGAUUAAGAAGAAAUUUAUUUCGUCAAAUAAAGAUAGACCUAAAUGAAGAUUAUCAAGAAUAGAGGAUAAUCAAAAUAUGAUUCUAACUUCUUUGCUUAAUAAUAAAAUUCAACUCUAAAAGAUAACUAAAGCAUAUUUAAAGAUGAAAUUGAGAUCGAACAUGAUUUUAACUUUGAUCAAAUAGGUUAACCAAUUGAAUCUCUAGCAUAUGCAAGGAAAGAUUAGUUAACGGCAAGGAAUGUAUACAAGCGAAAAGGAGUUAAACAUAGAUCCACAUAAAAAACUAAAACUAAAAGAUUAUAAUUAGGUCUUUAGUAGGAGCAAUAUAGUUCAUUAAAGAAAAAAGAUUCUUGCGAUUUGGAGGAUUAAUCUUAAAACAAGCCAUUAAAUGGCAGUGAGAAGAAAAUACAAGUUAAAGAAGAUGAUUAUAUGAGAGAAUAUUUUCUUAAUAUUGGAUUCAGAGACCUUUAAUCAUAUGAUUAAAGUCAUUUUAAUGACUAAUUUACUAACAACCAUAAAAACUAUAAUUUCCAAGAUUAUAAAAGAGAAGACAUUUGGAAAAAAUGA